GCACCACCCUGCCUCGAUAUACUAAACUCCAGAUUUGAAUCAGGAAGUGUCCUCAAGCCUUCCUUUCUCUCUCUAUCUUUCUCUAUUAUAUUUGUGGCCAACUAGUUCACCUUCAACCUUCUCUUUUGCAUUUCAUUUUCAGUUCGAAAGUUGAAACCUCUUCAACUCUUUCAUCGUGCUGAAAUUCAUACCCACCUGAAAGAAAAAAGAAAAGGAAAGACUCUUUCUUUGUUUUUUAUAUAAUAUAAAAAAUCACCUGAGAGUUGAAUACAUAGACGUACUGUAAUGAUGCCUCAAAAGCCUCUUCUUCAGGAGCUCCUUCAAGAAGAUCAAGAACCUUUUUUGCUCAAAAACUACAUUGCUGAUAGACGUUGUCAAAUCAAGAAACCCAUUUCCUCAAGAACCCAUUUACAACUCAAGAAAAGAAAACCCAUUUCUCAAAAUUUUUGCAAGAAUGCUUGUUUUUUCUCUGUUAAUAACUCUCCAAAUCUUACAAAAUCCCCUCUCUUUGAUUUCCAAUCUCCUACUAAAAGCCCUUGCAAAACGUCAAACGCAAUUUUCCUUCAUAUCCCAGCUAAAACUGCUUCUCUUCUUCUUGAAGCCGCUCUUAGGAUUCAAAAACAAUCAGCAACUCCAAAAUCCAAAAACGUUAAUAAUGGGUUUUCUUUAUUUGGGUCUUUAAUAAAAAAACUAACCCAUCGUAGUAAAACUAGAAAGCGCGAGAUCAAAGAAAAUAUCGUCAAUGCUACUCUAGGCUAUAGGAAAGUACCAGAAAGCAUUAGCGAGCAAGAGAAAAGCUUUUCUUGUUCUUGCAAUGGUAGGCCAAGUAGUACUGUUUGGUCAGAGAGUAAUGAAGAGAAGUCUUGGGAUUUAGAUUUAGAGACUUCAAGUAGUAGCCAAUCUGAAGAAGUGGAAAAUUUUAAGUAUCUUAAUGUUGAUGGCAUUUGUGAUUUUGCUUCUUUUGAUAAUCACUUUUGUGAAAGCCCUUUCCAUUUUGUUCUUCGACGAAGUCCUUCUUCCGGUCACCGGACUCCGGUCUUCUCUUCUCCGGUCAUCUCACCUAGUCGCCAUAAAUCAGAGGGGAAAGAAAAUAACAAUGAAGUAAUGGAAAUCUUAAAGAAAUUCGAAGACAAAGAAGAAGAGGAAGAAGAUAAAGAACAGAGUAGUCCUGUUUCUGUUUUAGACCCUCCAUUUCAAGACGAUGACGAUGGACAUGACGAUCACAGCGAGGACGACCGUUUUGAUCUUGAAUGCAGCUAUGCAAUUGUACAAAGAGCAAAGCAGCAGCUACUACAGAAGCUACGCAGAUUUGAAAAACUAGCAGAGUUGGAUCCAAUUGAACUUGAGAAAAGAAUGCUUGAGCAAGAACAAGAAUCAGAUGAUGAUGACAAUAAAACAGAAGAAAAAGAAGAAGAAUUUCUUGAAUGCGAAGAGAAUGAGUUACAGCAAAGCAUUGAUAGGUUCGUCAUCCAAGAACUUAGUAAAUCAAGAAAAAUACCAAGAGAGAUGAAAACAUUGGUUUCUGAUCUGAUUAAAGAAGAAGAAAAAGAAGGAAACUGUUUUAUUGACAGAGAAACAAUGGUGAAAAGGGUAUGCAAGAAAUUUGAGUUAUGGAAAGAAGUGGAAUCUAAUACCAUUGAUAUGAUGGUGGAGGAAGAUUUUAAGAAAGAAUUUAAUGGAUGGAAAAUGCAUCAAGAACAAGUGAAAGAAACUGCAUUAGAGAUUGAGUUUGGAAUCUUUGGAUUAUUGGUGGAAGAGUUGUUUGAGGAAUUAGUUGCUGCUGCUUAAAAAAUUUUGAACCUCUCUCUUCUUCUCUCAUGAUGUUAUUUGAAAUGAAUUUUGGUUUUUAACUUUCUUUUAUAUUUUUUUUCUUUUUGAAUUAAUAUAAUUAAUUAAUUAGAGUAUAGUCUAACAAAUCCACUAUGAAGGGAUAGGCUAAUUAGAUUGUAGUAUGAUCUUAUGUAUAUUUAUGAUUAUGUAAGAAAUGUGGGAAGUUGUAUUAUUAUGUACAAUUCCUAGUCUUUAAUAUAUAUGCAUAUGUAUAUUAAUUAUUUA